GGCGCGUCGGGCGGCGGGAGCGAGCCCGGCCCUGGCGCCGCGGGGCCCGCGCGGGAGGCGCUCCCGCGAGAGACGGCGAGAGCUGCCGGGCGCUGCCCGCUCCCCGCCCCGGCACGCGGCUCGGCGCGCGCGGACGCCGGCGGGGCGCUGUCAGGCCCGGGGAGGAGGGGCGGGAGGGUGGCCGCUGCCUCCCCGGGACGGGCCGUACCACCCGGGCGGGGAGGAGCGGGCCGGGGGCGGGGCGGGGCGGGAGGUAGCGGGCCGGGCGCGACCAUGGCGUGCUGAGGCGGCGGGGGUGGGCUCGGUCCGGGGGAGGCCUGGGGCCGCGGGCUUGUGCGCCGUCUCGGCCACCCCCUGUCGCCGCCGCCGCCGCCGCCGCCCCGGGCAUGUCGUCCAACUGCACCAGCACCACGGCGGUGGCGGUGGCGCCGCUCAGCGCCAGCAAGACCAAGACCAAGAAGAAGCAUUUCGUGUGCCAGAAAGUGAAGCUAUUCCGGGCCAGCGAGCCGAUCCUCAGCGUCCUGAUGUGGGGGGUGAACCACACGAUCAACGAAUUGAGCAAUGUCCCCGUCCCUGUCAUGCUGAUGCCGGAUGACUUCAAAGCAUACAGCAAGAUCAAGGUGGACAAUCAUCUCUUCAACAAGGAGAAUCUCCCCAGCCGCUUUAAGUUUAAGGAGUACUGCCCCAUGGUGUUCAGAAAUCUCCGGGAGAGGUUUGGGAUUGACGACCAGGAUUACCAGAACUCGGUGACACGUAGUGCCCCAAUCAACAGCGACAGCCAGGGCCGGUGUGGCACGCGCUUCCUCACCACCUACGACCGGCGCUUUGUCAUCAAGACUGUGUCCAGCGAGGAUGUGGCCGAGAUGCACAACAUCUUAAAGAAAUACCACCAGUUCAUCGUCGAGUGCCACGGCAGCACGCUCUUGCCGCAGUUCCUGGGCAUGUACCGCCUGACCGUGGAUGGCGUGGAGACCUACAUGGUGGUCACCAGGAAUGUGUUCAGCCACCGCCUCACCGUCCACCGCAAGUAUGACCUCAAGGGGUCCACGGUUGCCCGAGAAGCCAGCGACAAGGAGAAGGCCAAGGACUUGCCGACAUUCAAAGACAACGAUUUCCUCAACGAAGGGCAGAAGCUGCAUGUGGGAGAGGAGAGUAAAAAGAACUUCCUGGAAAAACUGAAACGGGACGUUGAGUUCCUGGCGCAGCUGAAGAUCAUGGACUACAGCCUGCUGGUGGGCAUCCACGACGUGGACCGGGCCGAGCAGGAGGAGAUGGAGGUGGAGGAGCGGGCGGAGGAGGAGGAGAGCGAGAAUGAUGGCGUGGGCGGGAACCUGCUCUGCUCCUACGGCACCCCUCCCGACAGCCCGGGCAACCUCCUCAGCUUCCCCCGCUUCUUUGGGCCUGGGGAAUUCGACCCUUCUGUCGACGUCUAUGCCAUGAAAAGCCACGAAAGGGCCCCAAAGAAGGAGGUCUACUUCAUGGCCAUCAUCGACAUCCUCACACCAUACGACGCGAAGAAGAAAGCCGCUCACGCAGCCAAGACAGUGAAGCACGGGGCGGGGGCUGAGAUCUCGACGGUGAACCCCGAGCAGUACUCCAAACGCUUCAACGAGUUCAUGUCCAACAUCCUGACGUAGUUACUGCGGCUUCAGCCAGAGCCAGAGACCUGGAUGUGGAGUCCGGGCCUGCGGAGGGAGCGGGUGUGCUGGGGCCAGCCGGGCGGGCGGGGAGCAACAGGGCCCUCACAGUGUCCCUGCGCCAACAGGGCGUGGCCUCGACUUCUGCUUUCCCGGGACUUUGUUCCCCCUUGGACCCAGGUUCAAAAGGGGUUUCCUGUGUGAUCUUGUAACUUUUCACAAACCCUUGGGGCUAGAGAUGAUGAUUUUAUGGGUUUAUUGGGUUUUGUUUCUGGACUCUCAUUGCUCCAAGUUUGCUAUUUAUAAUGAUGUAUGUCAUCACCCUCUCCACCCCCCACCCCCACCCUGCUGUCAGCUCCCUCAGUUAAAGAGGCACCCCAGGGACUCAGCCCGGGGUCCUCUCCGAACAAAGCGCUGACACCAGUGAGGGGACAGAUGCCUCCGCCUGUGUUCCGGCCUUGGCACCACCCCCUCCCGCCUCAGAGUCAAGUGCCCCGUCAGGCCUGGGUCUGCCUCCCCACGCUUUUCUCCCAAAGGAUCACUCCAGACCACCGCCGCAUCUCGGAGCAGAGCGCAGAGGGAGACCUUCCUCCUGGGAUGGCAGGAGCGGCCUUGGAGCGCCCGCGAUGGUCACCAAACUGCACACUCAGUGUCCUUCCGUAAACCUGCUCUCCCUGGGGCCCAGGAACCAAAGCCCUUGGCUGUAACAGGACCCGGGACUGGAGUUUCUUGUGCCUCCAUUUACUCCUGACCUGCUCCCGGACACCCUCACUGGUAGAUGACCUUUUUGUGGGGGCAGAUCUCCAUAACUUGGGGUGCUCCUCGCAGAGAUACCUCUUGAAGUCCAGAGCUCCGCGUGGAUACUCCGGCUCCCUGUGCCUGUGGACACUUACUGGGAUGGUCGUGGCCAGCUGGGAGUAGUGCCCGCCCCUUGGAGUCUGGCACCUGCCCUGGGGCAGCUCCGUCCCGAGGGUGUGCUGCAGGGGUCCCCAUUGGGAGCUCCCCAGGUGGUCCUGCCUGGCUUUGAGCAGAUGUUCUCCCCUGACCACCCCAGGAGAGGCCUCUGGGGCGCCCUGCUGUGUCCAUCCCUUUCUGAGCCUCCCCCCAAGCCUGGGGAUGGAGCGGAUCCUGCGGGGCGGCCUGCAGAUGUCUGGUCUGGCUGGGUGCAAGCGACCCACUUGUUCUGCCUCUCCAGGAACUGGAGCCCUGGGGGAACAGGCCAGCACUUGGGCAGAAAGCGAGUGGAACCCUCUGAAUGGACAGUUGGCUUUCCCGGGGCUCAGGCCCAGCCUCCAGAGCAGGAGCCCACUGUCUCUGUACCCCUGGGGGGACUGGAAGAGGCAGCGGUCACCCUGCUCCAUGCCCAGGCAGGGGACACCGGUGUCUGAGCGUCACUAGCAAAACACCCAGCAACCUGGGGAAAGACCUUGGGCCCAGUGGUCCCAGUGAGAACAGGAACUUCAGGAAGGAGUCGUAGGAUGUUUGGACUUGGUUUCCCCACCUGCUAAUCAAGAAUGAACAUUUGGACUUGUUGGGGCUGGGCGCCCCCCAGCCCUGGGCUCCCCCGCCUGCGAAUCAUGUUGCCAUAUUGUACGAAAUGAAACAAUCAGUGAGACGGUUGUGGAGGGGUUACCUACCAGCUCUCUGACUUCAUUAACAUUGAGUUUUUGUUUCCUGGUCGGUUGGUUUUAGUAUAUUGUUUACAUUCUGUGAGGUAGCACUGUCUCAAACGCUCCCUUUCCCCUCUAACAGUAUUGUUUGGGUGGAAACAUUUGAGCUGUGAUUUGGUGGAUUCAGAUAUUUUUUUUUAAAAGGUCAUUCAUUUCUUCAAAACCAUGGGUUUGACUCUCUACUUCCUUAAGCAUUCUAAUGUUUAAAGGCUAUUUAUCUUGAUUUGUACAAGUUUUCUCUCCUUUUUUUCUUUUUUUGUAAUGGUGAGAUGGUGAAGAUGCUGUAUUGGGUUUGCAGUCUGAGUGUAGCGAAAGUGAGCUGGCCCGUUUGUUCCCCUUUUCUUCCUUCUGCCUCGACCCCUUUGGAGCCAAGAAGAAAACAGCACCCGGAUCACUCCGGGCCUCCCGAGAACAAAGGUAUCGGAACAGAACAUGGCGAGCAGGGAGGGCUGGAGGCUGAGGGUCAGGUUCCUCUGCCCCAUCCCUGCCCUUUCACCUGGCAGCUGCUCCUGCGCCUACGGACAGCCUGUGGUUGAGAAUCUGCUCACAGGGCCUGGCCCCGGCGAGGCCCUGCAGACUCCUCGCAGACCACUGAUGAGCCACUGAAUCAGUUUCCCCUUUCCUGCCUGCCCAGGGGCCCCAGGGGCCAGGAGCGCCUUCUUCUCUUGCUCAGGGGUUAUGGCCUGUGGCUUGUGCCACAAGUUGCCCCCCGGGGCUGUUCUCAGUGGCAUUCAGUCCCCACACAGGCAGCUCUUCCCUCCUUCCCUCCCUUGUCUUCCCCCUUUCUCUUGCCUGAGCUUUAGGCCUCAAACAGGUCUCCUGACCAUGCUCACCCACACCGGGGCCCACCCAAGACUCUUCUCAGCAGUCACACCCCAUCCCCACCUUGUCUUUUUACCAGGUCUUGGUGGAAGAGGGAAAAAAAGUUAUUCCCAAGUGUGGGAACCUAAAUGUUCCUGGCAGAGAGGGGGGAGGGUUCCAGCCAAGCCCAGGAAUCAAAGGGAGAAUACACUCAGCAACUGCCCCUCCCCCAUCUACCAGCCAUCUGCAGGGUGGGGGUGGGGAUGCCACAUGCCUAUAGCCUCUGAGAUGAGCUGCUCUUCCCAGGGGCUUGUCCUGAGAUCUUCUGGAGGCUGGGGAAAGGAAGCUUCUAGAAGCCCACCUUCCCUUGCUCAGAGUCAGGACCUGAGGCGCUGGGAACCUUAGGGGCAGGCCUGGUGCUGCUCAGCGCCCCCAAGCAUCGGGGCAGAUCAUUGCAGUCAAAAAAUGUGAAUGAAUUGAGUCAACUUUUUUUUUUUUUGGAGGAGGGGAAAGCAGGAUAAACGAUCACCCCAGAUCACCCCAUUCGUGUGCGAUUUCUUGAUCUCCCGCUGCAGUUUCCAUUUUUUUAAAUAGGAAUUUUCAACCCCCUGUGCUUGUCUAAUGUCUGCUCGAACUGUCCGAGACCCCGUUCCUGUUUUAAAAUGCAUGCAUGUUAAGAUGACUCUCGACCUGAGGGAAAAAAUAAAACUCAAAAAGCUUUGUGUACA